UACUCAGGUUUUGUUUGCAGAACCCUAAGUUCUCUCUGGCACAAAGGGAUGAAAUGGACAUUCCCCUCUCUAUCCCUCCAUGAAUAUUCUAACCUGUCAGCUAACGUUGUCAUUGUUGUUUUGUUGUGUUGUCCAGAGUGUGGCUGUGUGAAUGGAGAGUGUAACAGCGGUCCCGAUGGGAACGGAGAGUGCUACUGCCAGCCUCCGUACACUGGGCCCAGGUGUGAUCAAGUCUCUGCUGCCUGUAAGAACUGCAGUGCCUACUCCCACUGUAAAGGAGUGGUAGAGAACGCCGUGUGUCAAUGUCUUCCUGGGUUUCACAAGACUGGAGACCGUUGCUCAGGUGUUUGUUCAGCUAAGCAGUGUGAUGUGAAUGCGGACUGUUCUUGGCUGGGGGGGCGGUUGUUCCAGUGCCAGUGUAAGGCAGGUUACAAGGGGGAUGGCCGGAUGUGUGUUCCCAUCAACCCAUGCGAUGAGGACAACGGAGGCUGUCCUCGCAAUUCCGCCGUCUGUGUCUAUACCAGCCCUGGCAAGUCUAGAUGUGAUUGCAUGCAUGGUUGGGAGGGCUCUACCCCGUCCUCCGGCUGUACCCUGAAGAAUGUAUGUUAUGACACCACCUGCCACACCAACGUCCGCUGUGAGACCGGCCUGGACGGAUACCCCAGGCGUGAUCUGGCCAACUCUCCUCCUGGAGGGCUGCUAGAUCUGCAGGGUUUUGCUCCAGACCUGCUCUAA